AUGAACCGACACAGACGAAAGAACAACACAGGACCUCAGUCUGCUGUUCAUCUUCACCGAAAAGCCUCAGGUCACUCAUUUGAGGUCGGUGAGGUGGCGCUGUUGGACGUGAGCGCAGCAGCCGGGACGAGUUUAGUGGAAAAUCUGGAGGAAAAGUUUGGAAAAGACAAAACUUUAUUUAUUGAAUGUGACGUUCAGUCUGAAGAACAACUGAAAGCUGCUUUUCAGAAAAUCGUGGAGACUUUUGGAAAACUGGACAUUGUUUGUAACAACGCUGGAGUUUUUGACGAGACUCAGUGGGAGAAGACGGUGUCCAUCAACCUGAUGGGGAUGAUUCGAGUGUCGUACCUCGGUCUGGAGCACAUGAGCAAACUGUGCAAAGGUCAUGGAGGGGUCAUCAUUAACACUGUAUCUAUGGCAGGUCUUGAGCCGAUGCCCUACAGUCCCGUCUACACUGCCAGCAAAUAUGGAGUUGUGGGCUUCACCAGAGCAAUGGCAAUGGCGUCUCUCGGUGCGGAGGACGGCGUGCGCUUUAACGCUCUGUGUCCCGCGUACGUCAAGACAAAUUUGGCCCACAACCUCCCUGACAGAAUGGGCCCGUACACGCACAUGCAGGACAUGAUGAUGGAGCUGAUCAACAAGCUGGGCACCAUGGAUGCAAGUAAAGUUGCAGAAGCUCUGAUGGAGCUGGUGUUGGAUGAGAAGAAGACUGGAGAGGCGCUCAUAGUCAUGCCCCAUGAAAACAAAUACGCCCAGUUUCAAGUACUAAUCUAA